GUUCGAAUGGGUUAGGGGCCUCUGGUUCAGUUUGUUACAAGCUGCCGAACGAGAACGGUUACAGCACUAGGCCCGUAAGGUUCUUGACGCGACCGGUUCUGGAAUAUCCGCCGCGCCGUUUAUCUGUCCAAGUGUUGAGCAGAAGAGGUGAAAGGUGAGGUUAGAUCCGCGCCCAUUUCCGCCGUUUCCUUUUACCGCCGUGUCCGCUGUAACGGUCCGGUAACUGUCUAGGCUCUGUCCCCGUAGCGUUGUGAAGUUGUGCCGUUUGCACGAAACACAAAACCCGUUCCAUUCGGGAGGAAUUCUUGUGAAGAGCGUUGAGGAAUUCGCCAUUGCCGGAAAACUAUUCUGUCAUCGCCUACUGUUCGGGUCUAGCUUCGGUGUGUUAUUGUUAUCGUCGCAGGAGGCGGCGGCUGAGAAGAGAAGCAACAGAAGUGUGGUGGAAGAGUAGGCUGCUUCAGCGAAGAACGGAACGGGAAACGGAAAGGCGCACAGUUCUUCAUCCUCCCUUUGUGAGCGAGUUUUGCAUGGGAAGAAAGUGUCGCGUCCGUUUCGUUAUCUACUACGACCGUUGCCGAUUGGAUUAUUAGCAGCAUAAAUAACGUAGAUUUCGUGUCGUGAGGCAAUUGUUCGAAGCCUACUGUGUUUAUCGAAGCUGUCGGAGCCGUUUGUUACAAAUCCCACCGAAUACAGUGAAAGCGUCGACAAAAGCUCAACAGAGUGGUUGUUCUGGUGAAUUGUUAAACCGCCAAUUGUAGAAACCCACGCCAAGUCAGCGAAGUUUACAAUCGCGUGCCAGACAGAAGAAACAACAAGUGCUGAACCCGUCAAUCAAAGUGUAAAAGAUUCGUUAACCCCUUAAAACAGCUUCUUGACAGUGAAACCACGCAGCACCUUUAAAACCCCAAAUUCCACGCAAAAUUCUGUGUCGUAAUCGAUUCCAUCCAUUUUCACUCAAGGUCCGAAAGCAGUAUCAAGUGAAGAACCGCCGACCUAGUUCGUGGAAGAAUACACCUGGGCGCGGUGCACACGGGAGCGAGCAAGCGGUUAUGUAAUCGCAGGAGGCUGCUGAGUGCAAACACACCAGAAGAAGAACCAGGCCACGGCCAGCUGGGAUAUCUCGCGAAAAGUAGGAAGUUGAAGGUGUAGUUGAAGGCGACCGUGGAAGAAGAGUCGUUGCUGAAGCUGGUGUGUGGUGAAGGCCGUUUCGGGAAGAAGUUGGGUAAUAGCUACAUAACACGGUUUGGCAUCAGUGCUCUUGCUUUUUUGGGGUUGGUGGUUGCAGAACGAGAUUUUGGAUGCUUGCAGGAUUUUAACGUGUGGAAAGAAGAAAGAAGGGGGUUUGCUGAGCUGACUGACACUUGCGAACGCGUUGAGGUGUGGUGUGAUUAAUGAGACGGUUGCAGCUUCGUUGAAGGAAUGACAUCCAGGCGUGCCAUGAGCGGACGACGACGGUGGUGAAUCCCCCCUAUCCAGAAAGCGAGAAAGAGAGUGUCCUACCCCUCGUCCCGUUUUCCGGCCUUCCGGAAGUGCGUUUCUAAGUUUUGGUUUUCCGAAUAGUUAUUGAAGCAGCAACCCGUCCCACCGGAUCGAAUCCCGAAGAAGAGAUUACAUCCGUAGUUUAGUAGCGCGGAAAAGUGGAAAAUUUCUUCUGAAGUUUUGGGUGUGUUCCAGAGUGAAUUUUGGGUGUGAAUUUUCCUGGGUGUAGUUUAGUGAGUUGCCUGUGAGCAGAGGAGUAGUUGAAGAAGAAAACAGGAGGACAAGCGGCCACCACACGGAGGAUCAACAGCAGCAGCAAUAAUGGGCAAAAAGAACUCCAAACUAAAGCAGGACACGAUCGAUCGGCUGACGACGGCGACGUACUUCACAGAAAAGGAAAUUCGACAAUGGCACAAAGGAUUCCUGAAAGACUGUCCCAACGGACUGCUGACAGAGCAGGGUUUCAUCAAAAUCUACAAGCAGUUCUUCCCACAAGGUGAUCCGAGCAAAUUUGCCUCGCUGGUGUUUCGGGUGUUCGACGAGAAUAAUGACGGGUCAAUCGAGUUCGAGGAAUUCAUCAGAGCGCUGUCAAUCACUUCGAGGGGCAACCUGGACGAGAAGCUUCAUUGGGCGUUCCGAUUAUACGAUGUUGACAAUGAUGGUUUCAUAACGAGGGACGAAAUGUACAACAUCGUCGAUGCUAUCUAUCAGAUGGUGGGUCAACAACCGCAGACGGAGGACGAAAACACCCCGCAGAAGCGGGUGGACAAGAUCUUCGACCAGAUGGACAAGAACCACGACGACCGGCUGACGCUGGAGGAGUUCCGCGAGGGCAGCAAGGCCGACCCCCGUAUCGUGCAGGCGCUCAGUUUAGGCGGCGAUUAACCGAACGAUGACUCGCGGGAUCAGGCUCCACCCCCGCAGCGGUCGUACCAAUACGACGAGCAGCACAAUAUCGAACUCCAGCGGACGCCCAGCAACGUCUACUAGAAGUAGGUAUCCGAAGAAGGUGGCGACGAGGAGCAGUGGGAGUGAAAGAGAAGGAAAGAGCGCCUCUACCUGCGAGGUUAUGUUCGGUUUUCGUUCGCUAGCUUUGACAGCUGUCAACCGCAUUACGUUUUAUUACUAUCUGCGACAAAGCAGGCCGUGCUUACAUUACACCCAAAUCCAUGUAGAUUCUUCAAUCUUUUGACUGUUCUAGUUUUGUAAGCGUUCGAAUGACUGUUUUUGCUACCAAAAUAGGACAAAGUGGUGGAAAGUGAAACCUUUUGUGAGAAACUUGAAAACAAUCGAAUAGCAUUUAUCAAUCUUUAAAUCGAGUUAUACUUAACUAAGAGAAUCUCCUGAUCAGUAUAGGGAACUGCUUCUUCUAAUCAAGUACUUUUAACAGAUUUAAUAUUGUGAAACCAAGAAUUGUUACUAUAAUCUAACAUAAUACGCGCAAUCUGACAAGUGAACUAAAAGUUUAAAAUCUUUAUGCUAACUAAAACGAAAAACAAAGCGUUCAGCGCAAUCAGUAAAGCUAGAUAAACAGUAGAAAAUCUAAAUGUUCGUUCAGUUUUUUGCUUGGCUAACGAAGGUAAGCAGCGGGAACGGAGAAAGACAUCGAAUUCGACGGAAAGCUGACCUGUAAAAACAUUGAGAAACAAACAUUCAGAAACAAAAAAACUAUCAGUCAGAACCGUCAAAUUAGAUCGAAACGGAAAACAUUGCACACAAACACACUCACAUUUCAAUUUACUGCACCUCCCAACUUAAAUACCUUGCACCCCGUUUACAGUUGUUUACAGAGAAACGUCUCAGAGACAGAUCUUUAUUUACAAAUCGGCAGCUGCGAAAACUAAACCCAGACACAACUGCUAGAUUAUGCUGGAAAAAAAUGACGAGAUAUUCAUAAGUGUGUAAAUUUGAGACAUGAAAAAAUGCCAAAAACAAACAGUCUUUAACAAAGCAAAAAUUUAGAUUAGAAACUUGACAGCGGUAGGUCGACCGCGAUGAUGCGCAGUCUGCAUUUCUGACAGUACUAUCCGUCAAUAUUAGCUCAAUACAAACGUUUUCUAAUAUUGUCAGACAUUACUAGCAGAAAGGUAAACUGAACAGAAAAACAAACGGCAGCAGCACAGCAUGUAAAAAUAGCAUUAUUUGUUAUCAAAUUUUAACUAACAAAAGGCAAAUCGGUCGCAGUGACAGAUUAUUGAUAUUAAAAACAGAAAAAAACGCAAAUUCUAUUGUUGUUAUUGAAAGUAAACAAAAAACUGAAAAUCUUAUCGUAAACAAUCGUAGCUAAGGUGUGCGGAAAUAACAAACCAAUUCGGGAAAUGUCAGAGUGGAAAUCAAAAACAAACACAUCUCGGUAACCAAGGAGAUAGGCACGGUAAAAAAUUUCGAUUGGAAAGGAAGCUACGAUAAAAAAAAACGCAAUGAAAGCAAUAACUAAAAUACAGACAGAAACAAACAAGCAGUCGACGUAAACGGUCGCAUUCGAAUGUUAUUCACUUUUUAGAGGCGAUGGUACGAACGUGUUUCAGCCGCUGUGUAAUUUGAAUCUCGUGUUGUUAAGGCUCUAUCGAACUAGAAAACAAACACCAAAGUGACAGAACGGCAGGUUUGAUAUGAAUCGUAAGUGUUGUGUUGUUAACAGCCCGCCAAUUGUAAGGCGAGUCGCGCAAGAACAGUCCCAACAAAAACGUCAAACGAUGACUUCAGUCAGUAAUCCAACCCAUCAAGAAGGAAAGCAGAAAACUGUGGAACUUGUAGUUUAGUUGUUCUGAGAAAAAAAAAACGAAAAGAAUACUGGUUAUGGAUAUUAGUUUAUAGCACGUUGCGGCGAAUGUUGAAUGAAAAUGUGCACGGCGUAAUUGGGUUAUUUUUAUACUGAAUACACACAAUGAAAUGAGCAGCCAAAUUUUGUUGAAACGAGAAGAUAAAA